CUCCGGAGCUCCGGGUGGAGGACGUGGAUCAGGAUCUGGGGCAGGGAAAAGGUCUGAACAUCCCCAAAAUCAUCACCACUCCAGAGCCAGAGCUCAGCACUCUGAGCGUCCCCGACGUCUUACUGGCAAAUCUCAGUGCUGCAGGAGAUCUGUCUGCAGAUGAAGACGGAGACAAGCUGUCCAGGAGUGGUCUGAAGACCUGGUCCAGUCAGGGAGACUUGCUGACUGCAGAUGACGAGACACGUCCUCUGUCUGCAGCCAGCGUAGGCAGCGUGGUGGUCCAGGACCGUCUGAGCGAGCUGGUCCGGCUGUUUAAAGGUCGAACGGAGCGGCAGAAGGACCGGCUGGUGGACCCGGACGAGUCUGAGGAGGAGAGUCCUUCAGCCUCGCCGAAGAAAGCUCCGGCUCCUCCUCCUCCUCCUCCUCCUCCUGAGGAGAAGAAGGACGACGCUCCUGCAGCAGCAGAAGAAGAGGAGGAGGCGGAGAAGGAGUACGUGCUCCCUUUCGAACUUCUGGGGCGUCCAGUGAAAAUUCCCAAACUGCCCAAACUUCCCCCGAUGCCAGACUGGCUGCGAGCCAUCCUGCAGUACCGCUUCCCCGCCAGCAUCGACCCGUUCGGCGACCUGAUCUACGUGCUCUGGCUCUUCCUUGUGGUGGCGGCGUGGAACUGGAACGUGUGGCUGAUCCCCGUCCGCUGGGCGUUCCCCUACCAGACCCCCGAAAACAUCCACCUGUGGCUGCUGAUGGAUUACACCUGCGACCUCAUCUACAUCGCCGACAUCCUCGUCUUUCAGCCACGACUGCAGUUCGUCCGCGGCGGCGACAUCGUGUGUGAUAAAAAGGACAUGAGAGAAAACUACAUGACCACCGAGAGGUUUAAGAUGGACGUCAUCAGUCUGUUUCCCAUGGAGGUAUUUUACUAUUUCACCGGCGUGAACUCUCUGCUGAGGUUCCCUCGUCUGCUGAAGUGUUUCCUCCGUCAGUACAUGGCUUUCUUUGAGUUCAACGACAGAAUGGAGGCUGUGAUGAAGAAAGCGUACAUCUACAGAGUGAUCCGAACCUCCACCUACUUGCUGUACUCUCUGCACAUCAACGCCUGUCUCUUCUACUGGGGCUCAGACUAUGAAGGACUGGGGUCCACCAAGUGGGUCUACAACGGAAAAGGCAACGCUUAUAUCCGCUGUUACUAUUUUGCCGUGAAGACGCUGAUCACCAUCGGAGGACUGCCGGACCCCACCACCGUCUUUGAGAUCUGCUUCCAGCUCAUCAACUACUUCGUUGGCGUCUUUGCGUUCUCCAUCAUGAUCGGUCAGAUGAGAGAUGUGUUUGGAGCUGCGACGGCCGGGGAGAACUACUACCGAGCCUGCAUGGACAGCACCAUCAAGUACAUGACGUCCUACAACAUCCCCCGAGAGGUCCAGAACCGCAUCAAGACCUGGUACGACUACACCUGGAAGAGCCAGGGCAUGCUGG